CAAACAGCAGCCCUAGUAGCUCAGCAUACUGCGUUGAGACAGUGGGAUGGACAAAAAAGUGCAAAACACAUACUCUCUGCUGGCACAGGCACUACUGUUGUACCUGUGCUCCCAGGUGAGAAGCUCUCUCUCCACCUGAUACACUAUCUGGGAGAUCUGAGGUGUUGAGGUAUGCUGUCAACAGUGCACCAGCUCGUGCCAGUGUCCCAGCUCUGUGCCAGUCUGCCCUGAUGGCGUCGCUGUCGUUCUGGAUGGAUGUGGAUGCUGCAAAAUGUGUGCACGCCAGAAGGGUGAAGCCUGCACUGACAUACUUGUGUGUGACAAGCAGCAUGGUCUGGAAUGUGACUACAGUGCCAGCUUCCCCGGAGAUCCAGGAGAGUGUGUCAGUCAGGAAGAGCUGGGAUGUGAGCUGAAUGGCAAAUCAUAUGUGGAUGGUGAGGUUUUCCAGCCAUCCUGCAAAACUCAGUGCAAAUGUUCAGGUGGAGGAGUGACCUGCGUGCCCCUGUGCCCUGAAGAUGUCCGCCUGCCCAGCUCAGACUGCCCAUAUCCUCAAAGGGUCCAACUGCCAGGAAAGUGCUGUAAGGAGUGGGUGUGUGAGACCACGGACAACAGUGUGCAACAGGAUGUUCAAACAGCUUACAAUGAAGUCCAAGUGUUGCCUGCACUUCCUGGGUACAAAGCAAGCCCCAGCUUUAACUGUAUAUAUCAGAGUACAGAGUGGAGUGCUUGCUCACGUACCUGCGGCCAGGGGAUCUCCACACGUGUGAGCAACCAGAAUGCAGCCUGCAGAUUUGAGCAACAGAUAAGACUGUGUAUGAUCCGACCAUGCCAGGCUUUGCCAUUCCAAACACCAGUGUGGCCAAGGACAUGCAAGCCGAGCUACAGGUCGAAUGUUUCCACACGCCUCAUCCAUCAAGGUUGCUACAGCACACAAUUUUACCGUCCACGUUACUGUGGCCUCUGCACUGAUGGCCGAUGUUGUACGCCUUAUCUGACCCACACCGUCACAGUCACCUUCCGCUGCCCAGGAGGCCGUCUGUUCCCCCAAGCUGUCAUGAUGACUAGGUCCUGUGUUUGUCAUUACAACUGCCCCAACAAGAGGCUUGAUCUGUGGGGAUAGACACUCUCAUGCACUGAUUCACACUAAGUCCAGUUUGAAGCCUAGAAAGAAUAGCACUUUGCACAUACCACAGUAUUUUUUUUUUUAAUCCUGGGCCACUGGGCUGGAGUUAUACAUCAGACUUCCAUUAACUGGCUUCUUUCUUGCUUUUCUCCUCUUUCACCAAAUCCACCAAUGUCCAGCUAUUUAACAAGCUCCAGCUCAAUGGCUAGCAGUGACAACAUGAUGAUGAGUCUUCUUUGGCCAAUUUUUGUUCAGAAUUUGUUUUUAAUCCAAGCCAUUAGGCAAAAUUGACAUUCUUUGGCUUCUCUCUUCUUUUCAUCAACGCACUUACUGUGGGUCUACUAUGUUUUUUUCCAUCUGCUCCUCUCUUCGGUUAGGAUCUAACUGAAUGCUCAUUGGGUACAAACUCCCACAGAUUUAGAAUAUUUCAAAAUUUAUUUCAUAUUCUGUGAUUCAUCUGGGUUCUGUUGGAUUCUGUUAACUCACUGCUGUGUGACAGUGUAAUAGCUAAUCAGUCUAAUCGCUCAGUUCAAAUCUAUGCCUGUUGGAGACCACAUAGUUGGCAGGACCUUGGCAUCUACCUAAUAGCCCUAGUCUCUGAUGUGUACCUGUACAUUAUGUCAUUACAUAUAACAAGCUUGCAAUUACACAUAGAUUUCUUCUGGCCUUGCUUGAGAUAGUAGUGGACUGGCCUGAUUCUUCACUUACAGCCUGUGUAUAUAAAAUUAGUCUUUUUUAUUAUGGUCAGAAUUUCAUAUUUCUAUGGAUUUGAGAAGCAAAGAGAAGCCAGAUUCAGUCAAGAUGUUCAGAUGUCUUACCCAUCUCUCUUAGGUUUAUAUGAUGGCAGCUAUUAGUCUUGAUUGCUUACAGCUUCUUAUGUGAUUUAAUUUCAAUCACUUGUACGUUUACUGCCACUUAAUGUUGAAUACUUUGAAUUUAAGUUUCAGUUUGUAACUCAAGUAGCAGUGGCAGCCCGAUCUUUAGAUUUUUCAUCUCAUACGGACACCAGAAAACUUUUUUUCCCUCACAAACU